AUGUCGUUCGCCGUGUCCCCGCGUCGUCUUGCGUUGUGUGGUGUGUGUAAGUGUCCCUCGCCAGGGGAUGGCGAGGCGAGCAUCGACCCCCACCCCACCCCUACAACGACACGCGCACACAAGCACAGCGGCACACCUCGCCCAUCCUCGUCAUCAUCUAACCCCACCCCUCCCCUCCUCCCUCCCGGACCCUGCAGACGUGCGCUCACUCGUUCUGUCUGCGCUUGCGAGCACAGCAGAAUUGCGGGGCGUCGAUGCCGGCCCGCGCCGCUCCCCUUCCCCUCCCUCGAGUCUCUCACGGGGGAGGGCAGCACGCUGCCCAUCGAUGGCGCCUUCACCUCAUACUCCUUCUGCUCCUUGCUUGCACUGGCCUUCACUCUCCCAUCCUCGUGUAUGGAUCAGCUGAUACCCGCCCGCACGCCCACCCACCCCACACCCCGGCACAAGCACACACAUACACAGAACAACCACAGACUCGAUCACUCGCGCGCGCAGUGCCAGACGUGUGUGCACGCACAUACGCGCGCGCGCGCACACGUACGUGUACGCCUUUGCACACCCAUUCAUACAAAACAUAGACAACUCGCUCAUCAUAGAAAGCGCAUCAGCCCCAUAUUUAAAGUAAAGUGCCCCAUCGCGCGCGAGAGAGAGGGAGGGAGGGGCACGCACGCACGUACACACACACACACACACACACACAGACACACAGACACACACGUAAACGCGGGUCUGCGGACACCUGCGCUCGCUGAGGAGAGUCCGUCCUCUUAUCUUUCCUCUUCGUCCUUCAUGAUCCCGCGCGGUGGCAUGGGCGCUGCGCGAUGGGCGGCCGGUGCGUUACGAUGCUUGCACUACUCCCCUAACGCAGCGGCCAUCCUCGCCCUAACAGCGCCGCUAUCGACGUGCCGCGUGCAGCUGCUCCACCACUGGGUGGGGACUGCACCGCGCACCGCGCUCGUCGUCGGAACCGCUUUCGUAUACCAGCAACGUCUCUACGCGAGCACUGCUGCAUCAGGGAGCAACGGGGCCUCCCAUGGGCAUGAUCACCGCUUCAGCGACGGCAAGAACGGAGCGGCAGGCAGCAGCGGCUUCUCCUCUGCCCAUAGUAGCGCCGGCGGCGGCGGCGGCAUCAACGGCUACGGCGGCGGUAGUGGAUCCCGUGGCAAUGGGGCGGCCAAGCGGAUCAGAAAGGUCAAGGCGAGCCGCCGUGUACUGAAGACCAAGCGCGCAGGACCGAAGGCAAAGGCCGCAUCCACGCCAGCCUCCUCCACCUCUGGCGGCUCGGCGGCGACAGCGUCGGCCAGCGCAGCGUCUGGUGGCGCCUCAGCGAACCAGGGGAGCGGGGCGGGUAGCAGUGGGAGUGGCAGCGGUGGUGGUAUCGUGGCGUCACCGUCGCCGGGCGCAGCCUAUGCCCAGUCGCGCACCACCGCCCCUCGACGCAAGAAGAAGAGCAGCCGGGUCCCCCCGCCCCCGCCGGGCAGCAGUGCAGCGGCGAGAGGGUCUAGGCACCCUCUCACGGGUAAAAGGGUCUCAACUGGUUCCCUCAGCGGCACCGGCGCAACCCCGAAGAAGGCGGUCACGGUCGCACACGCCGCCUCCCACGGCCGCUCGGCAGUCUCUGCCCCGUCCGCCACCGCCGCUGUACGCGCCAAGGCCAAGAAGCGCAAGCGUAUCCGCAUUUGCGUGCUCAGCAGCAGCUACGACGGCACCGACUCGGCAACGGCCAGCGUGGACAACUACUGGUGCACGCCGCAGCACUACAUAAAGAAGGACCGGCACAAGUACUCCUUCGCCGAUGUGUCCAUGAAGAAAAUCGACUCGUACCGCACCGUGCGUAAGCUGGUGACCUCCAGCAAGUACGACGUCUUCUUCAACCUGUGCGACGGCGGCCGUGAUGAGAAGCGCGCCGGCGUAGACGUGGUAGAGGCGCUGGAGGAGCAGAACGCCGCCUUCACCGGCACGGACUCGCGUGGCUUUGAGCCGAGCAAGAUUGACAUGAAGCUGAUGGUCGGGUCGAGCGGUGUCAAGGUGCCCAAUUUUGUGCUGCUCAGCAACGCUGAGAGCCUCGCCAAGAAGUGCCGGCACCUGAAGUUCCCAGUGAUCGUGAAGCACCUCUCCGGCUACGCCUCCGUCGGCAUUCAAAAAGACAGCCGCUGCGACACGCUGGAUCAGCUGCGGACGAAGGUGCGCGGCUUCAUCAAGGAGUACAACCACGCGCUGGUGGAGGAGUUCAUUCGGGGCCGCGAGGGCACCGUGCUGGCCUGUGCAGACCCUGGCAGCCCGUUCGGCGUGAAGGUGUUCAAGCCGCUCAUGUUCAACUUCCUGCAGAACAACGACGACUUUGCGUACUUUGAAAAGAAGUGGACGAUGGAGUGUGGCGAUCAGGCGUACGGCUUCCUCGCCUCGUCGGACCCGGCCUACACCGCCAUCACGGAGAUGGCCCGAAACGCGUUCAAGUACAUCAUGAACGGCGUCGGCUACGGUCGCGUCGACUUCCGCAUCGACGAGCUGACCGGGGAGCCGUACUUUCUGGAAAUCAAUCCGAACUGCGGUAUGUGGUACGCCCCGAAGGACGGUGGCGACUUCGCAGACGUGAUGGUCGAGGGCGACCCACACUGGAACCACGAGCGCUUCGUCGCCAACGCCGUGGCGCGGGCGCUGCGAGACCAGGCGGCACGCAAGCCGUGGUACUUCAUCAGCCACGACCGCAACGGGCAGUUCUCCACGCGUGCCAGCAAAACAGUCGCGGCUGGCAAGUGCCUCUUUGGCGACGCCGUGCACCCGAUCCCGGUGGUGGCCAAGUCGCUCUACAAGCUGGGCGAGGAGGAGCCCACAGUCGGCUGCGUCAUCUGCCGCGGCGAUGGUAUUCACCAGGCGGUGGCGCUGCGCCACUCGUGUGAGCCGAACAUGGGUUUUGUGCAUGGCCGUACCUUGCUCUUCGCCGCUAAGCGGCAGAUCAAUGUUGGCGAGGAGCUCACGGUCGACUACGCCACCCUGCGCGAUGAGUCGAUGCCUCACUUUGUGUGCAGCUGCGGCACGGAAAAUUGUCGCAGUGUCAUUUUUCCUAUGCCGGCAAUGCCGCGCACCGUCGAGGCCAAGACGAUGAAGCGGUUGCUGCGGGAGAAGAAGCAGGUCUGGAUGAAGGAGAAGGCGAACCGCGAAGCGGAGCGGAUCCUCAAGAAGCGCUCUUCACGUGCCCCGUCUUCUUCCGCGUCUGGGAGCGGCAGCGGUGGCGGUGGUUCCUCUGCAGGUUCAUCGUCCAGCACCGGCCACGCCAGCAGCAGUGCAAGCGGUGGUGCCAGCUCCAGCAGCGGCAGCGGCAGUAGUAGUGGCAUUAGCGCCUCGGAGAGAAAGUAA